AUGAGUCAGUGCCAGGACAAGACUUCAGAGCUUUCUUUCCUUUCAGAGCCAGGUGACGUCAUUGCAGUACGGGAUCGUCCACUUAUGCUUCACUGCCAGGUUGAAGGAGAAGGGCCUGUCACCAUUACUUGGAGAAAGAAUGGGGUGCCAUUGGUGACUGGACAGCGUUUUUCUGUAUUAGCCAAUGGCUCUUUGUUGAUCGAGAACUUCCACAAGCGGCGUGACAGCAAUGAGACUGAUGCCGGCGAGUAUGACUGUGCAGCAGAGAACCGUUUUGGCAUGUUGAUCAGCAGGAAGGCCCGUGUUCAACUUGCAUCCCUCCCCAAAUUCUACACACACCCUGAAUCAAUGACUGUUGACGAAGGUGGUGUUGCUCGCUUUCAGUGCCAAGUGAAUGGCAUCCCAGAAGCUGUGAUCACAUGGGAGCGAAAUCGAACAGCAUUGGACACCAUUGACCAGAGGUACACACUCCUGCCUACAGGCAUCCUGCAAAUCACAGGUGUCCGUCGGCCAGACUACGGCUUCUACCGCUGUGUGGCAACCAAUAUCGCUAAUACACGCUACAGCCAUGAAGCACAACUCAAUGUGUCAGCUGCAUCCCAGAGGAUGUACAAGGAGCCGGUUAUCCUCUCAGGGCCACAGAAUCUUACCCUCACAGUUCACCAAACAGCCAUCUUAGAAUGUAUAGCUACAGGAAACCCACGGCCGAUUGUCUCUUGGAGCAGACUUGAUGGCCGCUCCAUUGGUGUGGAGGGAAUCCAAGUGCUUGGCACAGGCAACCUCAUGAUUUCAGAUGUUAGCCUGCAGCACUCCGGAGUGUAUGUUUGUGCUGCCAACCGGCCAGGGACUAGGAUGCGCCGUACUGCGCUGGGGCGUCUUGUUGUACAAGCUCCACCCGAGUUCCUGCAAUGGCCACAGUCCAUGUCCAAGCCAGCGGGGAGCAGCGCCUUGUUUAACUGUGUGGCACAAGGGGUACCAGAGCCACACCUCAUCUGGCUAAAGAACGGCAAAGUCCUGGUGCCAGGGGACAACAUUAAACUGACCAACAACAACAGCACUCUGGCCAUCACUCGCAUCACAUCAGAAGAUGAGGCUAUCUACCAAUGCAUUGCUGAGAACACCGCUGGGACCAACCAGGCCAGUGCCCGGCUAGCUGUGUCACUGUCCAAAGACCUGCCAGAAUCCCCUGAGCUGCUCUCUGCCCAAGCCCUGUCCACAACCUCCAUCCAGGUGACCUGGGCCCAGCCUCCCGCAGAGGUUACUGACAGCAUCAUUGGCUACGUAUUGCACAUCCGCAAGAUGGGAGAACCAGACAGAGGCGAGCUGCAGGAAGCUGUCAGUAAGACCACAUUUCAGCACACCCUUAACUUCCUUGAACCAUCAACUACCUACUCCAUCUACCUGAAAGCUUAUUCCCCUCUGGGAGCCAGCAAGGAGUCCCAAGUAAUUGUGGUCACCACGCAUGGAGGUGUGCCUGCUGCCCCUGUGUUCUUCACCAAGGUGCUCAAUUCUAGUGCCAUACAAGUGUUCUGGGAGCUUCCUGACAAGCCGGGUAAAGUGGAGGGCUUCAAGCUCUAUUAUCGGCGGGUGCCACAGCACGAAUUUCUGGGUCCUCAGGUUCUACCAAGCACCACAAAUGCCUUUGUCCUUACUGGCCUCGAAUCCUCUGCUGUCUAUGAGGUUAAGUUGCUAUCCUACAAUGGAAACGGUGAUGGGAACUGUACCACCCGCUUUGUCUCUAUGAGAGAGGAAGUCUCCAGCGACAAAACAGAUGCAGGGAGUGAGGCAGUGUGUAAUUGUCGACAGGAGGGUGAGAGCUCCAUCACUGGCAUCGUUGUUGGAAUCCAUAUUGGCAUGGCGUGCAUCGUCUUCUGUGUUCUGUUUCUCAUGUUUGGGUACAGAAGAAGUCUUUUCUGCAGAAAGGGGACGCAGGACAGCUGGACUGUGCCUCAAGGAACAGAGACCAGCAAUGGUGGUGCUAUUGUCAUCGGUCAACGAAACACUUCUCAUAAGGAGGGAGUGAAUAGACCUCCUGAAGCCAUAGAAUUAGUACCUCAGGGCUCUUCAGUAGAGGUUCGGGAUUCUCAGGCUCAGCAGCUCACAUCCCAGUGCGAGGUCUUGAUUGAACCCCAUCAGUCUGACCAGCCUGGUAUGGGUGCAGGUUAAUGUGCGGCCAAGAUGCUAGUGCCAUAAUAAGCGACCCUCUUGGGCACCCCUUCCCCACGCACACUCGUGUCUUUUCCCAGUCUUACUGUUGACAGUUUUUCAAGCAGCACCAGGUUUGAUAUUGGCAACUCAGUUUACUGAUAUUUUACCCCCAGGUGUUUGCACUGCCAUAGCUAGCAAUAAUGCUGGCAUUCAUGGAAGGCAU